GGGGGGGGGAGGACAGGGAUGACUCUGAGUUUCAGACUCUGACUCCAGUGGCUACUGGUUUUUGAACAUCAUGUGUGAUGCAGCACCAUGACUAAGCAUGCAGCACAACCAGAGAAGAAGCACUUCGAGGCUGUGAAAGCAUCUGGGGCAGCUGAUAAAGGAAACAAGGUGUGGAGAUGCAAGUACUGCGACCAAAAUAGAACCGGGACUGCCUCCCGCUUGAGGGAUAAUUUCUUGAAAGGUGCCUGCAAUGUCACACGAUUGAGAGGGACAAUCAGCAAGGAAGAAUUGCUACGGAGGGAGCAAGGAAGAGAUGCCGCCAUUGCAGAGCUUGGAGGUGCAGUUACCGGAGCUGGUACCAAGCUUGAUCUAUCUUCGAGAGAGGAUGAAAUCGGCACCGAGGAUGCAGUCACCACUAUUGCUCUCACCAAGUCCUCGACAACACACGGCAGGCAAACGAAAAUCGUUGACAACGCAGCUAUCAUCACUGCGAACGAGCAAACCCAGCGUACAAUCGACGACUGGAUGACAGCUGAGUGUGUGCCCUUCAACAUGAUGCGGAGCAUGUAUUGGGAUCACAUAGUGAAGGCGCUGAUGAACGCGCCGAAGUCCUUCCAGUACGCCAAAUUCGACGACGCGCGAACGAAAAGGGUGGCUGUCACGCGGAAGCGGGUGUCCGAGAGGAUGGAGCAGCUGGGCAAGGAAUGGCCCGUCAGCGAUUGCAUGUUGCAACUCGACAGGUGGACUGAUCGGCGAGGAAGACCAUUCAUAAAUGUGAUGGUCUCCUUCCCCAAAGGCGUCGUCUUUUGGCGGGCUGUUCGUAUGCAGCUCCGAGAGAAGGGGGCGAAGGCGUACUUCGACAUUUUGUCCACGGCUAUCCGCGAGAUCAGGGAGGAGGCAGUGGAAGACCCGAAGAAGAAGCCUUGGAGGGAUGGGGUCGGGGGCUUGACAGCAGAGCAAUUGUGCGAGGACGCAAAGAAGAGGGUGCAGGAGUGGAGAGCCAACCUGCGUGGCGAUAGGGAGGAGGCGGAGGAUUGUGAGGAUGAAGAUGACGACGACGAUGAUGGCGCCCGUGAUAACGUGGCCAAGGCAAGCACCAUUGCACGCCAGCGGGCCACCAGCAGCUUGCUUGAGCUCGAAAGGGAGCUUAACAAGGAGCUACCUUCAUGGAGGAAGGCCAUACGGCCUUCCAAGUACCUCGCCCGCUUGCAUUUGCAGGAAUCUCAGCAUGCACGCAAGACUAUGACAACCGAGCACGCGGAGAAGUACAUCAAUGCAAGAGCUCAAGCGUGCGCACCCAAUGUGAAGGCGCCUGCAAAGAGGGGGCGACCACGUAAGGUGGCACAUGUGCAGGGCACGGAGGCAGACGGGGAGCAGGCGCCCAGAGAUGCAGAGGCAUCCGAGAGGGGAAGCAAACAGGAUGCUGGUCUCGAGGUUGCAGCAAAGGGGCCUGGGAAAAGAUCCAGGGGGCGACCAAGGAAGGUGCUGCGGGAAGAGGAGGUGCAGGUGGACGCAAGGGAGACUGGGGAAGAGGGGGAAUCGUCUCAGAAGGACAGCACCAAAGUGGGAAACGAGGAGAGAUUGAAAGAGGGGGAGGAAUGGAGCACAAAAGAAUCUUCAGAAUCAUCAGAAUCAUCAGCCGCUGAUUCUGAAGCUGAUUCUGAAGAAGAGCCCCUUGCUAAAAAAAAGCGCAGAGAGUAGAGAGAGAGAGAGAGAGAGAGAGAGAGAGAGAGAGAGAGUAACUUGAGUAAGUUAUGUGAACACAUUUUGCUAUGGACUCA